UGAUUAUAAAUGGUGAUUUAUGACAAAUUUUUCAAAAAUCAAUGAAUAUGUUAGUACAAUUUUUUUUUUUUCGAAAGUUAUUACAACGUUAAGCGCACUUAAGUACGAGUGAUAGAUGCCAAAGAAAAAAGUCCGGGUGAGGUCGCACCGAACCAAUACCCCCAUUGCCAAGAACCAUCCAUGGACGAUAUAUGACCUCUCAACUCCCCCCACUUUCUUUCUCUAAUCUUCAUCAAUCAACAUCCUCAUUUGUUGAAUCUCCGCAUGUUUGUUUUCUCUCUCUUUCCCCCUGUCGUUCCGCCAUUCCCAUCAUCCAGUUUCCGCCAUUACAACCCAACCUUCAUCUUUCAGGUAAUCUCUCCUCUUCAAUACUCUUUCAAUUCAAUAAACAAAGAAAUUCCAAAUUAAAAAAACCAUCGAAUUGUUCAAUCUUGAUUCUUCUAGGGAUUUAAUUUGAUCUGAUGGUUUAAAGAAUGAUAGGUGCCGUCCAAUUAGGUGUAUUGGCGGCUUGUAUAGUAGUACUAGUUCCAAUGGCAUUAGCAGGGUGGCAUUUAAGCCGCAACAAAGUGUUAUUCUUUAGUGGUGCUCUUUUUAUCUCUCUUGCUGUUGCUGUUCAUCUCUCUCCUUACUUCCCUUCUCUCACUGACUUCUUUCCCGUUACUACUACGUCUUCUAUUGUAUCAUCCUCAUCAUCUUCUUCACUAGUUAUUCUCGACAAUCGUGAUUCUUGUCUCUCUCUCCUCCAUCGGAUCAAAUGGAAAGAGCUCAAUUCAUCUUCUACUUGGAAAUGGAAAUGGGUGGUGUCUGAUCACAAUGUGUUAGCUUGUGAUUUUCAGAAGUUGGGUAGGACUGAUUCUGGGGAUCUGCUUAAUGGGUCUUGGGUUAUGGUUGCCGGGGAUUCGCAAGCCCGGUUGUUUGUUCUUUCGUUGUUGGAUUUGAUGUUGUUUGAGGAAGAGAUGGUUGCGGUUCGAGGGGAUUUGUUUAAGAGGCAUAGUGAUUAUCAUUUGGUGGUUGAGAGAGUUGGGUUGAAGUUGGAUUUUGUUUGGGCACCUUAUGUUGAGAAUUUGACUCAUCUCACUAUGGGAUUGAGUAGGAAUCAUAGCUGCCCUGAUGUUCUUGUUAUGGGCUCUGGUCUUUGGCAUAUGCUUCAUGUCAAUAAUUCGACACAUUAUGAUGAUUCGUUGCGGCUUUUGAGUCGUUCUCUGAUGCCAUUGUUAGGUGGUAAAUCUCAGCCUCAUUUGUUUUGGUUGGGAAUGCCCAAGUUGAUAAACUCGAUGCUGAAUACUGAGGAGAAGAGGGAGAAAAUGACUAGUGCUGCACAAUUUGCUUAUGAUUUGGGGUUUCGUAGUGCUAAGCUUUUACGGCCUGCUGGCCCAUUUGUGUUGUUGGAUAUCCACUCUUUGAGUGAGAAUUGUGGGGAAACAUGUACAGUGGACGGGAUGCAUUAUGAUCCGGUUGUAUAUCAAGCUGCGGUUCAUAUCAUGUUCAAUGCUCUACUUAUUCAGUCUCAUCAAAAAUUAUAGUGAUGUUUUAGCUUUUACACUGUCCUUUCUGUGACACUGAUUACAAGCAGCAUCUCUGAUGGAUCCUAAGCAUCAGUCCUUUGGGAGAGGUUGCUUCCUCAACUCGUGUAUCUUAGAUGUUCUCCGAGCUAAGGCAUAAGAAGGAGAGGGUCAGCAGCAAAGGAGAGGUUUGGGGUUGCUCGGUUACCAGGUACAACCUCAGUUUUAGAAAGCUUACCUGAGGCGUGCCUAGGGCGCCUAAGUGCUAGAAAAGGGCUUUGGAGAGGCUAGGCAAAGACACCUAAGAGAGGCACGAUGAGGUUUGGGGGGUCACCUCUUGUGCUCAAUACUGAAAGUGUCUUUCUUCACCGGCUGUUUGCAGGUCCUAUCUGAACGUUUGCAGGAAAAGUUAAUUAUCUCACAGUUAGUUAAUUCAACCCCUAUGUCUCAACUUUCGUCCUUUAAGGCAAUAGAUAGCUUGUACCAAAUGAUGUUUAGUUUUUCUCAUUCAUGUAUCAUCCUUAACAUUUUUCCGGCUUUUUUCUAAGCUCAUGUUGCAUAUUGUUGGGAAAAGCUCCAAAUGACUAAAGCCUGUCAACUUUUCUCACUUGUUUAUACCUGCCACAUACAGAGAGAGCUUAUUCUUACAAAGAAUACGGUAAUUAAUGAAUUCCAAAAUAUGCAUUUGAUUAGUUUA